AUUAAUUAUGCCAAGAUAGUGGAGGUAUUUUCUUUGCCAACUUUCUUCACACUCCAAUCCCUUUUCGAAAGUGGUCCGAAUCUGUUUCUGGGCAUAACUUGAAGAGAUACUGUUUGAAAGAAUGUCCAAGCAAGAUCCACAAUCUCAAUCCUUCCUGAAAUAUUAACAUUCACAUAACCAUUACCAACAAUUUCUGCCAAUGCAUAAAGACCAUAUCAUCCGGAAAGGUCGCUCAGUUUUGGUGCAUUAAUAGAGUCUGAAUACUGUCAAAGAUGGACUCAUCAAUCGUGUGAGCCUCAGGGAUUUUGGAGAGCCACUGACAAGGGAGCUCUGGGAAUAUAUUUUCGUUGAGCUGCAAAUGAAAUCUGUGUUGGUAGAUGAUUCAGAAACGGCCAGGUAAAUCAUUUGCAGCCUUCUUCUCCUUCAUUUACAAAUAAUAAUGAUAAUAUCAAAACUGAAAUCUGAUUUUUUUUUUUAAUUUUAGUUUUAUUGUCUCUAUUAUGCUUGUUUAUAUUUGACCUUAUUUUAAGUUUAUAUAAAAAUUAGCACAUUAAAUUUUAUUAUUGCAUUUAAUAAAUUAAUUCAGCUAACCAAAAAUAUGGUCAGUUGGCUGUUGGCUUAUUAAAAAAAAAAAAAAAAAUUGAAAGUAUCAUAUGGUCAAUUUGCCAUUGCCACCUCAACGUCAAGAAAAUAUCCAGCCCAGUAUUUCCUCCAGGCCAAAUAUAUCUCCUUCUCAAGAAAACAGAGCAGACGCAGCCAAGAACCAAGAACGCAAAUGAUUUUUUUCAAGAACCAAGAAAGAAAAAUGCCUGAUCAACUUUCUGAACAGAUGCUCACAAGAAUGUUUUCAAGCUUUCCGGUGAAAUUACUCCUGAAAUGCAGGUGCGUUUGUAAAGCUUGGGACUCUUUAAUCACCAAUCCUUCUUUCAUAGAUGAGCACCUCAAGAAAACGGCUGCAAGAAAAAGUGAACUACUUCUCUUUAGAUAUUAUAUCAACGUAGAGCUAUUCAAAGGAAAGGAGCAUUAUUUGCUAUACACAGACGAGACUUUUCCUGAAAAACCAGUUAAAGAACUCGAUUGCCCAUUAAAGUGCUUAUCUCGUUUUAUUAAUAUAGUGGGUUCUUGUAAUGGAGUUAUCUGUCUAUCUGAUGAUUUUAGUGGCACUUACACUGAUAGAGCUGCUUUAUGGAACCCUAGUGUCAGAAAGAUUGUUUCUAUUCCUUGUGCUAAUGUUACGUUUCAUUCUCAUGGACCCUUUUUUCACUCUCUUGGGUUUGGUUUUGAUUCCAAAGCUGAUGACUAUAAGUUGGUGAGAGUAGCGUAUAUAGGAGACGAAUAUUUUGACUUCGUUGAUAUUCCUCCUUUGGUUGAGAUUUUCAGUUUGAGAGAGAGGUAUUGGAAAAGGGUUCAUAAUAAUCUGAAUUAUGUAAUCUGUGAGUGUUCAACUUCUGCUUUUGUCGAUGGAGCUUGUCAUUGGGUUGCCUCUGUAACAAAGAAUGGAGUUAGUGUAGGCCGAGUGAUUGUGUCGUUUUCUUUGGGAGAUGAAUUGUUUAGGGAAAUGGAGUUACCAAAGUGUUUGGUUGAAGAAUAUAUCAUCAUGGAUGUUGCAGCGUUUGAUGGAUCACUUUUGCUGGUUCCUUUUAUGAAAAAGAAUGGGAAAGAAGAUUGGUUUUCAGUUUGGAUAAUGAGAGAAUAUGGUGUUGCAAGAUCUUGGACCAAACUUUUCAGCUUUUCAAAGGAGGAAAGGGUAGAAAGGUUAGUUGCAUUUAGGCAAAAUGGUGAGAUUCUGUUGGCAAAAAGAGGUGGGAAGCUAGUUUCCUAUGAUCCAAACACAAAAAAAACCACUGCUACAGGAAUUGUGGGCGAUGCACGGUCCUUUUAUUUGGAUACUUUAGUGGAUAGUCUUGUUUUAAUAGGUGAAUCAAAUGAAUUUACAGAGGAGGAUGCAUCUAGUUGUGGUUCUUGUAGUUCACUGAUGGAAAUUGAUGAAGCAAGUGGAGAAUCAACUGAAGAAGAAUAGGGAGAGUGAAAUUUCUACAGAAUGAAGCAAAUGGUGUCUGAUGCAAAAUCAAUGGCAUGCUUCUGCUAGUAUGGACCAGUAAGUAGCAGAGCAGCAGCAGCGUACGUGAGUUUAGAGAAACAUUUAACUAGAAUAAUGUUUUUGUUGUGAUGUUAAGAUUCAUUGUUGUGAUGAAUGCUUCUGCAC